GUUACGUAAGGAACAGAACCGCGCGUGUCCGGUCCGUGACGCCUGUGUCCGUUUGUUCCAACCACCAUGGCGUCCGAGAGCACAGCUACGUCAGAGUGGAUUCAGUUUUUCAAGGAUGCUGGCAUUCCUGCUGGCCUUGCUGUUACAUAUGCAGUUUCCUUUGUAGACAACAGAAUUCAAAAGAAUAUGCUAAUGGACCUCAGUAAAGACAUAAUGAUGGACCUCGGAAUCACAGUUGUUGGUGACAUAAUUGCCAUUCUGAAACAUGCCAAACAAGUCUACCGGCAGGACAUGUGCAAAAUGGCCACAGAAGCCAUCUCCUCAGGACAGACCAGUGUGCAGGCUGAACUGCGAAGGACUGCCAAUACUCCUGCCACUCGCAUGAUUGCCAAUGCUCUAAGCCAUGACUCUCCACCAGCAACUCCAGUACGACGAGGUGACAACCGCCUUUCUGUCACGGUCUCCAAUGUGCCAGGAAAUAAAAAGAACAAAGCAGUUGUAAGUCAACCAGCAGAUGAGGGGAAGAGUGUGCCUGCCGUGAAACGUCGACGUGUGACAGCUGAGAUGGAAGGCAAGUACAUCGUCAACAUGCCCAAAGGCACUACGGCACGCACACGCCGCAUCCUGGCUCAGCAGGCCAAGAAAGGUCUGAAGCGCACAUCUGUUUUUGCAAGGCUUGGAGCUGAAUCAAAGUCGGAUACCACUACAACCAAUAAUAAGCCCUCUGGAGUGUUCAGCAGACUGGAUUUAACCCUUGAAGAGGACCAGACAAAGCCAGCAUACAGCAUGGCCGAAGGGGAAGACAGCGACGGAGAAGGAUCUGUGCUUCAGUAUGCCGGGGUCCUCAAAAAAACAGUUCCUGCUUCAAAGAAGGAGCCUGUGGUUUCAAAGCCCACAACCCUGCGACGACUGGGAGGCAAAUUCAAACUGCCACCAUCUGACAUGCCUACCUCCUCCACCAUAAACGGCCUUCCCCCGGCAAAAAUGAGCGUGCUCCAGAGACUGGGCACUCCUCCGAGCGCUGCCUCCCCUCCUAACGACGAACAGGACAACCGUGUUACGAGCACCAAGCCCAGAGCCCAAAAGAGACUGAUCAUUGCCAGCUCCAAAGUGAGUAGCAGCACUGGAGCUGCAGGCGAUGGGCAUGGCGCUCAAAUGGAUGCACGAGCUGUCAGUGUCUUCAAGAGACUUGGCAACAAAAAAACCUAACAUUAUUUGAUAUGCGUCUUUCUAAAGAGACUGAUCCGGUCACCUCUUUCCCUGGCAUCACAAAGAGGUUAAACUUGUUGACUGGAGUGUUCGCCAUUGACUGAGUUUCAAUGAGCGAAAGGGACAGUAAUAAUUCUGCCUUAGACCACGGUUACUCCUAUUUUAGACUUUUAGAUCAUUUUUAUUUAUAUUGCCAUUUAUUUGGUGGAUUUUAUUUCUAUUUAGAAAUUUCCACACCUUGUUUAAUACUAAAAAAAAAAUGUUUGCAUGAUGUUGCCUAAUGUUACCUAUGUGGCCAGGCAUGUCUAAACUAUGGCCCAGUGGCCAAAUGCAGCUUUCAGACCAAUUUUUAUUGGCCCUCAGGUUUCCUAGUGAAUUGGCCCAAAAGUUUUAAACAUCUACCUUUUUAUAAGAAGUAUCAAAUGUGUCUCAUUGAGGCUCCAAACCCAAUUAAAGGUCUGGUGGUUCCGUACAGUCAGUGUUAAAUUUAACUGUUAUUAUUCACUGUACUGACCACUAGUCUAUGGCUCUUAUGCGUUUCCCUUGAUGAGAAGGUUUGGAUGCCCUUGGCCUAAGCCAUUUUCACCUGUGUUUAAUUCUGUUUCAGCAUCCCAUUUUUAAGAUGGGUAAAUAAAAAUAAAAAUUUGUCCUUACAGGACAUUAGUAAUAAUGUAUAUGAUUAAGUGGAGAAGAAAAACAGGACUUUUAUAGAAUAACUUGGGUGAUUUCUGGAUAACUUGUAAAUGAUAGUUACCUCUGUAUGAAUAGUUUUUUAUUCAUGUUCAUGAAGAAAUGCACCAUAGUCCUAACCUCCUAUAGACUUUGUUUGAAUUUGUCAUAUCAUCCUUACAGACUAUCCAGAACAAAUAUAGUUUAUUUUUUCCUAUGUGGGCGUUAAUAUAACGCCCUGCUGUAAGUGAUCCCUGUGUAUGAUUUAACCUAAACAUUUGAAAUUUAUUUAAGAUCGCAUCCCAUGUUUUUAUUGUGCAGGAAGUUUUUGAGUUUGAAAAAAAAAGCUUAAUAAAUAGCGAAACUAAAUAAAUUUUAUUUGG